AUGCUGCGAGCUCUGAUUUUCUCUGCCAUCCUUUCCCUGGCUUUGGCACAUGGCAGCAGUGAAGAAAGUGAUUCAAAUGUAUCAUCAGAUGAAAGUGAAGAGGAUAAUAGCGAGAGGCGAGGUUACUGCCCAAAUAAUGUGACCUUUGAUGCCUGUCCAAUCUCUUGCCCUGGAGGCUCCAGCUGCUCCAAUGCACAGUGUUCCUCCAACAUAAACUGCCCUGAACUCCAGAAAUGCUGUCAAACCAACUGUGGAAUGAAUUGCGUUGACCCAGAAUACAACCCAACCUGUGAGGAGAAUAAUGACUGCAAAGAAACCUUAAUCUGCUGCAAAGGACUCUGUGUCCCUCCCAAGCCUUUGUCCCCUAUGCAAUGGCUCAAUGGAAUAAGUUACCUAGUUUUGGAGGUUCCUUGGAAGACAACAGCCUUCCCGGUCCCAGACGUGGCUCCAGGUGGUCCUCCGGUCCCAGACGUGGCUCCAGGUGGUCCUCCGGUCCCAGACGUGGCUCCAGGUGGUCCUCCGGUCCCAGACGUGGCUCCAGGUGGUCCUCCGGUCCCAGAACGUGGCUCCAGGUGGUCCUCCGGUCCCAGACGUGGCUCCAGGUGGUCCUGCCGGUCCCAGACGUGGCUCCAGGUGGUCCUCCGGUCCCAGACGUGGCUCCAGGUGGUGCCUCCGGUCCCGAGACGUGGCUCCAAGGUGGUCCUCCCGGUCCGGCCCCAGCCUUUGACUCCUGGCGCUCUCAGCCUUUGA